AUGGAAACCGAAACAACGUUUGGUCAUGAAAGUCUUUCCUUCAAAAAGUUGUCUCACACCCAAUGGACUGAUUACUUCCUCUCUGUUCCCAUCAGUGCGUCGGGACUGGAUGUUAUUACAAGAGAGAUUGACAUACUCAAACCUGAAGUAAGGGAUCUCAUAUCUUCACAAGGCGACGAUGAGACAUUGAAGAAGAAAGUGCUUUUGAUCCAAUUACUUCUUAGUCUUGGUCUGGCAUUUCAUUUUGAGAAUGAGAUCAAAAACAUCCUAAUCCAUGCUUUCCAAAGGAUAGAGGAUAUAAUUGGUAAUGAAAUGAACUUGUCUACAGUCUCCAACAUGUUCCGCGUAUUUAGAACAUACGGACACAAUAUUCCAUCAAACGUAUUCAAUAGAUUUGCAAAGGAUGAUGGGAAGUUUGGGGAAUCUAUUAUGGGAGAUACUAUAGGUAUACUAAGCCUGUAUGAAGCAGCUCACUUCGGAACAACGACAGAUGAUAUAUUCGAGGAAGCGUUGAAGUUCACAUCGAGUUAUUUGGAGUCCUUAUUGGAAGGUGGGACGUGCCUGCCUCAUGUCUCAAAGCUUAUAAGAAACACGCUUUACUUACCUCAGCGUUGGAAUAUGGAAGCACUAGUGGCAAGGGAGUACAUUUCUUUCUACGAGCAAGAAGAAGAUCACGACAAGAUGCUACUCAAACUAGCCAAGCUCAGUUUCAAGUUACUGCAAAUGAAUUACAUCAAAGAGCUGCAAACUUUUAUCACAUGGUGGACGGAGCUAGGCGUUACAUCCAAGAUGCCAAGUCAGUUUAGAGAGCAGAUCGUGGAGGCGUGGCUAGCAGGAUUGAUAAUGUAUUUCGAACCUCAAUAUUCAGGUGGGAGGGUAAUUGCCGCCAAAUUCAACUAUCUCCUUACCAUUUUAGAUGAUGCUUGCGAUGACUAUUUCUCUAUUCCUGAGAUUACAACCCUCGUCGAUUGUGUGGAAAGGUACACCCAUUAA